AUGAAUGACACGCAGGAGCUCGACCCGGGAAAUGGGAUCACGUAUGGCUACCGCGGCGGAGACCAGACGAUUAUCCAGGCCAUGACGGCUUUUGCCGCCAUCUCAUGGGCAACAGCCAUUGAGCUCAUCAUACUGAUUUUCCUGGUCUUUAAGAAGUACUCAGGGGUGUACUUCUGGAGUCUUCUCAUCAGCACGAUCAGCAUCAUCCCCUACGCCAUCGGCGCCUGGAUCAAACAGGUCUCGCUGCCGUAUACGGUUCCUACCCUGCUUCCGGUGGCAUUCCUGAAUAUCAGCUGGAUGGUCCUGAUUCCAGGCCAGUCGGUCGUCCUCUGGUCUCGCUUGCACCUGAUCACGCAGAACCAACAACUGCUGCGCUUCAUACUAUGGCUCAUCAUCGUGGACUGGUUCGUCUUCUGCAUCCCGACCACCGUGUUCACCUGGGGCUCCAACACGCACAUGGGUGCCUUCGUCGAGGGAUACACGAUCUUUGAGAAGAUCCAAAUGACGGCCUUUUCCGUCCAGGAAGUGUUCAUCUCGGGCGUAUACGUGUGGGAGGUGCGCAAGAUGCUGCAGCUGAUCUACGAGAAGGAGUCCCGGCGGAUCAUGUGGGAACUGCUGAGCAUCAACGUGUUCAUCAUCGUGCUGGACGUGGCGUUGCUGACUGUCGAAUUCCUGAAUAUGUACCAGGUGGAGACGACGUUCAAGGGCAUGGUAUACAGCAUCAAGCUGAAGCUCGAGUUCGGCGUCCUCGGCAAGCUGGUCAAAGUUGCAUUAGACAGGAAGGGCUCGCACGCAAGAAUUGCAUCGCAAGAGGCGAUCUCGAUUGAUCUGGACGGCUACAACCCUGCGCCGCGCACACAGGCCCCGGGGCGGAACUUCGAGGCAGACCUGGCCGAAACUCGGAAGCCGUCCGCUCAGUACAUUGAGAAUGCGGCACAAAGGUUCAACUUCCCCAAGGCACGUCGGCAUAGCCAUUUCGACCACCAUGAGAACCACGGCAGACAGGUCAAAAAGCUCCCCAAGAAGGAUGUAGCCCCACCGAGGCCGACACUUGCUUCACGGUUUUCUGAAGGUUCUGGCAUAACGAUACAAUAUCCUGGAAGGUUGGACAAUGCCGUAGUGUGA